UAAGGUGGCUGAUUUGAAAUUGUAUUGAGUAAUUGAGUUCCUAUGUUGAAAAGCUUCGUGAGAAAGAUGUCAAUGCGGGUGAAUUUCGUGCCGGCUUUGGGUGACAAUUUGAUGUACCUGAUUUAUGAUGAAACUGCGAAGGAGGUUGCAGCUGUUGAUCCAGUGGAGCCGGAGAAACUGGCUAAAGCCAUAGAGCCAGGUUAUAAAUUGGUCAGUGCCCUCACUACUCACCAUCACAUGGACCAUUCUGGGGGAAAUGAGAAGUUAGCUAGCAUGUAUCCGGGGAUUCCGCUCUACGGGGGAGAUGACAGGAUUCCGGCAUUGAGUCACAAAGUGAAGCACGACGACGUUAUUAAAAUCGGUAACUUGUCCGUCAGAUGUCUCUUCACACCCUGUCACACUACAGGACAUAUCUGCUACUUUGUACAUUCUAACUCGGCCGGAAGUGCUCCUCUACCACCCGCAGUAUUCACCGGGGACACUCUGUUCAUAGGGGGAUGUGGGAGAUUCUUUGAAGGAACAGCGGAACAGAUGCAUCACGCACUAAAUGUGGUGCUUGCAGGUCUACCUGAUGAGACGCUGGUUUUUUGUGGACAUGAGUACUCCAUUCAGAACUUAUCGUUUGGCCAUAAAGUGGAACCCAAAAAUGAACAUACAGCCAAGAAACUGCAAUGGGCCAAGCAAAUGAGAGAACAAGGCAAGUACACAGUUCCGUCUACAAUUGCGGAGGAGAAGUUGACAAAUCCAUUCAUGCGAGUGAUGCAACCCGACCUGAGGAGUCUGACUAAAACUAAUGAUGACAUCAAUUGUAUGCAAUUGGUUCGUGAAAUGAAAGACAAGUUCAAGAUGUGAUCAGUUAAUAAUUCACAUUGUAUAGAUGAAACCGUAAACAGUUUGUAUUGAACUCAGAAUGAAUAUUACA